UUUGGAGCUUUUUCUGUAAUCAAGAACACAAGGUAAUCAUCGUUGGGCUUGACAAUGCAGGGAAGACGACUAUUCUUUACCAGUUCUUGAUGAAAGAAGUCGUCCACACGUCUCCAACGAUUGGCAGUAAUGUUGAAGAGAUUUUGGUGAAGAAUACACACUUCUUAAUGUGGGACAUCGGUGGACAGGAGAGUCUCCGCUCCUCUUGGAAUACCUACUACUCCAACACUGAGUUUAUUAUUCUGGUGGUGGACAGUACAGACAGGGAAAGACUGGCUAUCUCUAAAGAGGAGCUGUACAGAAUGCUGGCACAUGAGGACCUGCGUAAAGCAGCAGUGUUGAUUUUUGCCAACAAGCAAGAUAUGAAGGGUUGUAUGUCUGCAGCAGAGAUUUCGAAAUACCUGACCCUCAGUUCUAUUAAAGACCAUCCAUGGCACAUUCAGUCCUGCUGUGCACUAACAGGCGAGGGGCUUUGCCAGGGCUUGGAGUGGAUGACGUCGAGGGUGGGACUUAGAUAACCAUCAUGCUUACAGGACUGAACUCACCCAGUGGCUCCUCAGCCUCAUCCUUUUGGCUGCUUUUCAUUUGUUUCGCAGAUUUUAAGCUCAUGAUCAAUGCUCGACCUCUCUGGACACCUACCUCAGCUCAGAUUGACCGAUCAAACGGUUCAACCAAUCCCAUUUCAGGAUGUUUGCCUAUACCUGUGAAAGGAAGCGGUGCUCCAUAUCUGAAGUGUGACUGCUCACAGAGAGACAAACGCUCGUUUUUGUAGGAGUUCUCCAUGACAACAUAGACUGUGGUGUAUACUAUUGGAAUUAGUGGUGGCAUUUUUAUUCAUGGGUUAUGGAAUUUCUUCUUCGGGGGUAAACAAAGGUGGGGUACUUGAAUCAAAGCCACUACAUAUCAUGAACAUAUCAGGAGACACGUUACAUAUCAUGUUGCAUUACCUCAGUGCUUGGUGCUCCAGAAACCUGUGCUCACACUUGAGAAGCCUUUACAUUUCAUCCUGCCUACAGAAGCUAGAGCAUGACCAGUGAAUUGUGGGAAGUUGGUUGAAUGCUAAUAGGGCUCUGUCUUUAUUUAUUUGUCAUAGUAAUUUAGAUGGAUAGA